AUGCUGUUCUCUGCCGCUACUGUUGCUCUCCUUACCGCCGUCGCUGCCCAAGCCGGCCCGUCGCUCAAACUGGACAUCUCUGGUACUCCAAAUGUCCGUGACGUUGACAACUUUCACGUUACUGCCACAGUAACCAACACUGGUACCGAAGAGGUCACUCUCUUUGCGGACCCUCGCUCUGCUCUCUCCGCUUUCCCGGAAGAUACCUUUACCGUUUCCUCGGCCAAUGGACGAGUCAACUUUGCUGGUGCAAAAGUCAAGUACUCGUUUAGGACGGCAAAGAACUUGAUCACUCUUGCCCCUGGUGCCAACGUCUCUGUGACGCAUGACCUCUCUGCCAGCUACAACUUUACAACCACUGGCGACUACGAAAUCGACGCUUCCAACGUCUUCCACUACCGUGACGCAUCAGGCAACGCCGUCCCAAUCGUCGCCGACGUCGAGAAUGCGCUGACAGCCAAGCUCACCGGGAGCACCAUCUCAAGCAAGAUUGCAAAGCGUAACAUGAGUCUCUCUAAGCGAGCCAAGUUUGCUUCAUGCUCGAGCACCCAACAGAGUCAGACGAACACGGCGUUGACGACGACGAUGAGCUACUUGUCCAAUGCCGUCAGUUACCUUAGCGCCCAGUCGGGUUCGACUACGCGUUAUUCGACGUGGUUUGGCGCGUAUACUGCUUCGCGCAAGGCGACGGUUCUCAGCCAUUUUUCCAAGGUCCAAUCGUCGGAUCCGAGGACGUAUACGUACGAUUGCAGCUGCACGGAGAGUGAUGUAUACGCGUACGUCUAUCCGAACAACUUUGGUUACAUCUACCUCUGCCCAGUCUACUUCUCGGCCCCGACGUCUGGCACCGACUCCAAGGCAGGGACUAUCGUCCACGAGGCGACUCACUUUACCGCCAACGGUGGCACGCAAGAUUAUGCCUAUGGCCAGACCAAUGCCAAAGCACUCGCCAAGUCGAACCCAUCCAACGCUGUCAUGAACGCAGACAGCCACGAGUACUUUGCAGAGAACAACCCCGCCCUCUCAUAA